AUGCAACUGACAGAAGAAUCAAAGGAACGUCUCAUCAAGGUGUUUAACGUCGGCAAAACCGUUACUCAUUACGGUUGGAUUCCCUUCAUCCUCUGGUUAGGAUACACCCAAAGUUCUCCCAAGCCUCAAUUAAUGCGUGUUAUUAACCCUUUGGCUUAA